GCUAUGUUUUCAUUUCCACACUUCUUCAGUUAUUAGCCUCUAACUCCUAGCUGCUCCUACUUACCCACCUAUUGAACGCCUGUCCAAACUGACGCACUAUGCAUCAUUCGAAGCUUCUUACUACGGUCAUUCUUGCAAUACAAUUCUCCGCCGUGCAAGUAGUAGCACAAACAUGCGAAAGCUACUGCACUAACUACGACCAAACCCUUGUCAACUGCAGAAGCCUUUACAGCGCCGGUGUGGUCGGUACGGGCCCUAUUAGCGCUGAUGCUGUAGGCUGUAUGUGCGUGGGCACCGAGACCGUCACGGGCUAUUACGUGCUGUCAGAGUGCUACCAGUGUUAUCUCCUGACUGGCGGAGACUCUGACGUUCUUUUCGCAUAUGGGUUAUCGCGUGCUUUACAAAUUAUCAGCUUGGGCCGCAGGUUGCCGAGCAAUGCUGGAAUCAGAACCUCCUCAACGGCAACACCGGAAAACCAUGCGCCCAGGGCUCUGCACAUCCAUCGGCAUCUGGAGCAGCGGCUACCUCCAGCAGCGUUGAGAUCGUGGUAUCGAGUGCUGCUUUCAGCUUUAGUAGUGUUGCAACAGCAUCCGCUUCUACUGGGGUUCUCGUUCCAGCGGCAACAACUACUGGCGCACCUACUACCGCAGCGAGUACCCCAAUUACCACCGCGACGAAAAAUUCAUCAGCAAAUAGCGUUUAUGCUUCAUGGGUGACAGUGCUUAUUGGCGUGGUUGUCUUGUUUGUAAUGAUCCAAUUCAACAGUCCUUCUGGUGCUUGAUAUGGGCUUGUAGAUAGAAUAGGAUAUGAAUUGUUGAACUUUCUGAUUUUGGAAGCUUUGGAGGCUUUAAUACGUAUAACAUCUUCUGUCUAAGUUAUCUUGGGGUGAAAGCGUGGUUACCUUUUGGGUGUGGGGAGGGAAUUAUUAGCUAGAAGCCUAAAUAAAUUAAGGAUUGA